CAAAGGAUAAGUCUUUCUUCCUCCCCCCCAAUCCCCUCAGUCUGAAUCUAUCUUGCAGAGGUGAAUUCUGAAGGCAGGCAGGCAGGUGCAAAAUCCCUACAGCAACCAGCAAAGGAAGAAGCAGACCGUCUUAGCAGUUGCAGAAAAGGAGUGUGUGUGUGUAUGUGUGUGUGUGCAAAGCAACAAACCUUGGCAUGCAGUUUCCAGAAAGGCGCACAUUGAGGCUGGCUUUCUCCUCCUCCUCCACCAACAAUCUUUUGCCAUCUUGACUUGCUGACGGUCCCUGGUGGAUAAAUGAGGGAUCACAAUGCUGACCAGCAUCACCGACGGGCUCCUGUGUUGCCUGAUGGGCAAAACGGCCAAUGCAGUGGGUCCCCUGGAGAACGUGGAGUCCAGCGGCGGCUUUAGCUUCGUAGAGGUGAAGCCGGGGCGGGUCCUGCGGGUGAAACACAUCGCUCCUGCCCACCCGCCGGGGGCUGAGGACGCGCCCCAGAAGGCAGGCAUCGUGCGCUGCAAACGCCGGAUCACCGUCUACCGCAACGGGCAGAUGGUCAUCGAGAACCUGGGCGAUGCCAUGCGUGCAGACAUCUUCCAUUGCCAGAACAGCACUGAGCCCAAUGGCACCAUGGAGCUGGAGGUCUCGGAUGCCAACGCCACCCCGACCCUCUCAGCCAACCCAUCUGCCAGCAACGCCGCCAAACGCCGCCGGCGUAAGCCAAAGAAGGUGGUCAACAUUGACUGUACCAAGUUCAUCACAAGCUGCAAGGGGACCCAUAGCGACGUGGUCCUGUUUUUCAUUCACGGGGUGGGGGGCUCUUUGGACAUCUGGAAGGAGCAACUGGACUUCUUCGCCAAGUUGGGCUACGAGGUGGUGGCCUCGGACCUCGCUGGCCAUGGCUCCAGCUCGGCCCCACAGAUCGCUGCUGCCUACACUUUCUAUGCCUUGGCCGAAGACAUGCGCACCGUGUUCAAGCGCUAUGCUAAGAAGAGGAACAUCCUCAUUGGACACUCAUAUGGCGUCUCCUUCUGCACUUUCCUGGCCCAUGAGUACCCGGAUCUGGUACACAAGGUCAUCAUGAUCAACGGCGGAGGGCCUACUGCUUUGGAACCUAGCCUCUGCUCCAUCUUCAACAUGCCCACGUGCGUCCUGCGCUGCCUCUCGCCGUGCCUUGCAUGGAGCUUCCUUAAGGCCGGCUUUGCUCGGCAAGGCUCCAAGGAGAAGCAGCUGUUGAGGGAAGGAAACGCAUUCAAUGUCUCAUCCUUUGUCCUGAGAGCCAUGAUGAGUGGCCAGUACUGGCCAGAGGCAGAUGAGGUCUACCACGCCGAGCUCACGGUGCCCGUGCUCCUAGUUCACGGAAUGCACGACAAGUUUGUCCCUGUGGAGGAGGACCAGAGGAUGGCCGAGAUCCUGGUUAUUGCGUUCCUGAAGGUGAUUGACGAAGGCAGUCACAUGGUCAUGAUGGAGUGCCCAGAGACGGUCAACACCCUCUUGCACGAAUUCCUGCUGUGGGAGCCUGAGGCAGCUCUGGCUACGGACGGGCCAGAAGCGGAGAAGAAAUAACAAUUUAAAAAAUAUUAAAAUCUACUUUCUGAAAUGAGAAGCCUGCUCGGCUGGCUGCGUCUGCAGAAGGAGGGGACCUUCUGGUCUGGAGCCUGCCUGUGAUGGCUGAGGGCUUGGCUGUGGCGGAAGGCCGCCCUGCUUUGCGGGGGGUAAACUCUUUUAUUCUCUGGAAAGAAAAAGGCUGGACCAAACCGGGGCUUGCACAAGUGCUUUCACGGCCGGAGUGAGGUGAACUCUCAAGACAUGCAGGGCAGGAGGGGGGAGUUGUAGCAUCCACAUGUUUUUCUCACGCCCAGCCUCGGGUAGGCUGAAGAGAGGGCGGGCUGUCGCUGGAGACAAGAGUCCCGCAAACCACAGAGGUAUGAGACUUGUGGAGAUGGAUGGAGAAUAUCCCGGCGGCUCAAGGUGCAUCCUUUCCGUGACCUUUCCAAGAUGGUGGCCUCGUCUCUGUUUUGAGGAUCAACCUCACCAACUCAGGCACAGUUGGAACUGACCCAGCAGAUUUGAGAGUGCGGUUUUAAGUCAUUGAUGACCUUGCUCCCCGAAAGUCCCUCUUGUUCCUCCUUCAACCGAUUCUCCAUAUUGGCUGAGUCGGGAAGGAGAAGGUGGUGUUGGGAGCAGGAAUGACAUCCCGGUACGCAUCCCCUGCUUGAAACAAGCCCUACCACUAGAUUCUCACGCCUUGUCAUGGGGAAACGUCCUCUCUUUGGGCAGAUGGGCCCCUUGCAAUGAGACAGAGGAGGUUUGGGUGGCCCCCCCCUAGUAUUGAUUUAUUCAUUCAUCUCACACUUCUCGGAGACCGUUUUGUUAACAUCAGCUCCAAAUCCCUGGAUCCUCUGGGCAUCCUGUCUAGAGUCCUUGCUUCUGUUUUUCAUAGCUUGUAAAUAUACUGUGAAAAAUGGCACCGCCAAGUGUAUUGCAGGGUAAAGACCUCACACCCCUCUCCUGAUCUUUGGCACUUGGAUCUUUGGCACUUAGAUCGGGAGAGCAAAGUUAACGUAAUCACGGAGAUUGUUGCUGUCAUUUUGAUGGCGCCUAUUUCCUCCGUCCCAGGCGAUUGGAAAGAAAAAUGGAUGGGAAUUGCACCCAGGCUAGGAAUAGAUUUCUGAUUGAGGAACAGCUGCUUUCGUCGAAUGAUAAAAUUU